AGGAGCAGCAACAGCAGCAGUAGCGGCGGCGACUGGCUCAGAGGGGAGACGGACGAGCCGGCGCAGACGGCAGCACCAGCUACAGUUCACCAUGCCUGGCUUGCCCGGGGGACACUGGCAUCCACUUCCCUAGCCCCUCGCCGGCCGGCGGUGCGCUGUCCUCUCCGGCGGCAUUCCAGCUGAGCCGAUUCAUCUGAGAUCCAACCUCCCACCCCAAUCCCAUUUCUUCCUGCUCUCUCCUACUCCACACUCACACUUCCCAUCCACACACUCACUCUUCCUUCUUUUGGCACAUCCACGCACACCCCAGCUCAGAUAGACAGACCUCCCUAGCACGCGAGCGCCGGGGAGGGCGGAAGCCCUAAGCGGGGCGGACAGACGGACAGUGCUUCUCCUGGAGGAUGGGAUCCAGACGCUCCCGCAAGUAAAGUUUGGAGGCGUCAGAAACCGUCGACCCUGGCAGCUGCAGAGGCGGACCCCAGCGACAUGCAACUGAACUAAGGAGGGCUUCCUUUGGCGGCGGCGGCAGCAGCAGCAGCAGCAGCAGCGGAGGCGGCGGCGGCGGUCCUUGGAGCGACACCCCAACCCAAACCUGGAGAGGCGAAGAAGCCCCGGGUGCCCGCAGCUGCAGCCCCGCCUCUUCUAGCCGGUACUGUAGUAGCUUCUCUUCCUCACCUUCCCAUUCCCCGUACCCUCCCCCCAGGGCAAUUGGAAAGAGCAGGACUUUGAUUUUCUUGGACAAAUUGCCAUCUUCCCAUUUUCAUAAACUUGAGGCGGAGGCCUGGGCUGCGUUGGUAACUUUGAUUUCCGAGAUAUAAACGCCCAUAGCCCAUCAACCGCUCUGUGGGAGGAGCCCUGUGGCCACCUCGGAUCCUGGGCAGACGCGCCCCCCACGCCCUCGGACGCCAACCUCGGCGCUAGAGAGAGCACUCUCUCGCAUCUCUCCCUUCCCCCUUCCUCUGCCCGCCCCGGGACAGCCCUCCAGCUCAGGCAAAUCCCCAGGCGCCCAAGGAGCUUGCCAGCAACUCAGACUUCUACCUACGAUCCUCCCCCCCUUUUCUUUCCAACAGGCCUGGAAGAGGCCAGAGUGCCCCCCCCCCCGGAGUCCGGAGGGCGCGUACCGGGCGGGAGCUCCCUCCGCAGUGAGCUGGGUGCGCUGGGGGGAGGUCCUUGCGCAUGCCAGGUGCAUAGACUACGCGCUCGCCUGCCCCAGUGCUGGUGCGCAAGGGCUGGUCAGGCAGUGCCUGAAAGGCUGUGCUCCAACAGCCUUAGGCGUCCGCGCUCCAAGUACGGUCCCGACUCUGAAGCUUGUGGCCGUCUGGGGCGUGCAAGCGCCACUCGACCCGCAGCCCUGCGCCGCUGCGGCCAGUCGCGUUCGGCUAACUUUGAAGGGGGAAAACUGAGUAGCCGGGCUGGAGGGAGGGGGCUCGGGGCCGUGCGGCGCUCUCUUGGCCCCUCGGAGCCCCCGGGCCCCCAGAAAGCCGCUGCCGAGUCCACUACGACCUCAGCAUUGGAGCCCGCACGGGUUCAUCCUGCACGCCGCCGGGCUGCCCUGGGCGGGACUCCUCCCGCGGCCUCCGGGGCCACGGGGCGCGCGCAACAGGCGGCCCGAGCCGGCGGGAAGCUGGAGCGCCGGCGGCGACGGCCUCGGAGGGGUGUGGAGAGGCGAGGCCGGGCAGAGCCCCGCGCAGCCAUGGAGUCCCUCUUCCUGCCGAUGCUACUGCUGCUGGCAGUCCUGUGGACCCAGGCGGCCGCCCUGAUUAACCUUAAAUACUCAAUAGAAGAAGAGCAGCGCGCCGGGACGGUGAUCGCUAACGUGGCCAAGGACGCGCGGGAGGCAGGCUUCGCGAUGGAUCCGCGGCAAGCUUCUACGUUCCGUGUGGUGUCCAACUCAGCUCCGCACCUGGUGGACAUUAACCCCAGCUCAGGUCUGUUGGUCACCAAGCAGAAAAUCGACCGAGACCUGCUGUGCCGUCAGAACCCCAAGUGCAUUAUCUCGCUAGAGGUCAUGUCCAGCUCAAUGGAGAUCUGUGUGAUUAAGGUGGAGAUCAAGGACCUGAACGACAAUGCUCCAAGUUUCCCGACCGCACAGAUUGAUCUGGAGAUCUCUGAGGCAGCCAGUCCCGGCACGCGCAUCCCACUGGACAGCGCUUAUGAUCCGGACUCGGGCAGCUUUGGUGUGCAGACCUAUGAGCUCACUCCCAACGAGCUCUUUGGCCUGGAGAUAAAGACGCGGGGUGACGGUUCGCGCUUUGCUGAGCUCGUGGUGGAGAAGAACCUGGACCGUGAGACACAGUCACAUUACAACUUUCGCAUCACGGCAUUCGACGGAGGCGACCCACCCCACAUGGGCACAGCUGGCCUCAGCAUCAAGGUGACUGACUCUAAUGACAACAACCCAGUGUUUGGAGAGUCCUCCUACUCAGUGAGUGUGCCUGAAAACUCACCUCCCAAUACACCGGUCAUCCGCCUAAAUGCCAGCGAUCCAGAUGAGGGCACCAAUGGCCAGGUGAUCUACUCCUUCUACGGCUAUGCCAAUGACCACACACGCGAACUUUUCCAAAUUGACCCACACAGCGGCCUAGUCACUGUCACCGGAGCGCUAGACUAUGAAGAGGGCCACGUGUACGAGCUAGAUGUGCAAGCCAAGGACCUGGGGCCCAACUCUAUCCCCGCACAUUGCAAAGUCACCGUCAGCAUCCUGGACACUAACGAUAACCCGCCAAUUAUCAACCUACUGUCAGUCAAUAGCGAGCUUGUGGAGGUGAGCGAGAGCGCCCCCCCGGGCUACGUGAUUGCCCUGGUUCGGGUGUCUGAUCGCGACUCAGGUCUCAAUGGACGUGUGCAGUGCCGCUUGCUGGGCAAUGUACCCUUUCGUCUGCAGGAGUAUGAAAGCUUCUCCACUAUCCUUGUUGAUGGACGGCUGGAUCGCGAGCAGCACGACCAGUACAAUCUUACAAUUCAGGCUCGAGACAGCGGCGUGCCCACGCUGCAAAGUGCCAAGUCCUUUACUGUGCGCAUCACUGAUGAGAAUGACAACCACCCACACUUCUCCAAGCCUUACUAUCAAGUCAUUGUACAGGAGAACAACACUCCUGGCGCCUAUCUGCUCUCUGUCUCUGCCCGCGACCCCGAUGUGGGUCUCAAUGGCAGUGUCUCCUACCAAAUUGUGCCAUCACAGGUGCGAGACAUGCCCGUCUUCACCUAUGUCUCCAUCAAUCCCAACUCUGGUGAUAUCUAUGCGCUACGAUCCUUCAACCAUGAACAGACCAAGGCAUUCGAAUUCAAGGUGGUGGCCAAGGAUGGCGGCUUGCCCUCGCUGCAGAGCAACGCCACAGUGAGGGUCAUCAUCCUCGACGUCAAUGACAAUACCCCAGUAAUCACCUCCCCACCCCUGAUCAACGGCACUGCUGAGAUCUAUAUUCCUCGAAACGCCGGCAUAGGCUACUUGGUGACUAUGGUUAAGGCAGAAGAUUAUGAUGAGGGUGAAAAUGGCCGAGUCACCUAUGACAUGACAGAAGGUGACCGCGGUUUCUUCGAAAUAGACCCGGACAAUGGAGAAGUCAGAACCACUCGCACCUUUAAUGAAAACUCCAAGGCUUCCUAUGAGCUGAUAGUGGUGGCCCGUGACCAUGGCAAAACGUCUCUUUCUGCCUCUGCCCUUAUCCUAAUCUACCUGUCCCCGGCUCUUGAUGCCCAAGAGUCAAUGGGCCCUGUGAACUUAUCCCUGAUUUUCAUUAUUGCUCUGGGCUCCAUUGCUGGCAUCCUCUUUGUCACUAUGAUAUUCGUGGCAAUCAAGUGCAAGCGUGAAAACAAAGAGAUCCGGACCUACAACUGCAGAAUCGCUGAAUACUCCUAUGGGCAUCAAAAGAAAUCAAGUAAGAAGAAAAAAAUUAGUAAGAAUGACAUCCGCCUUGUACCUCGGGAUGUGGAGGAAACAGACAAGAUGAAUGUUGUCAGUUGCUCCUCCCUUACUUCGUCCCUCAACUAUUUCGACUACCACCAGCAGACACUGCCCCUGGGCUGCCGUCGCUCUGAGAGCACUUUCCUGAAUGUGGAGAACCAGAAUACCCGAAACACUACUGCUAGCCACAUCUACCACCACUCCUUCAACAGCCAGGGUCCCCAGCAGCCAGAUCUGAUCAUCAAUGGUGUGCCCCUGCCUGAGACUGAAAACUAUUCCUUUGACUCUAACUACGUGAACAGCCGUGCCCAUUUGAUCAAAAGCAGCUCCACCUUCAAGGACCUGGAGGGCAACAGCCUGAAGGAUAGUGGCCAUGAGGAGAGUGACCAGACUGACAGCGAGCAUGAUGUCCAGAGGAGCCUGUACUGUGAUACUGCUCUGAAUGAUGUGCUGAACACCAGUGUGACCUCCAUGGGAUCUCAGAUGCCCGACCAUGAUCAGAAUGAAGGAUUUCAUUGCAGGGAGGAAUGUCGGAUUCUUGGCCACUCUGAUAGAUGCUGGAUGCCUCGGAAUCCCAUGCCCAUCCGCUCCAAGUCUCCUGAGCACGUGAGGAAUGUCAUCACUCUGUCCAUUGAGGCUACUGCUGCUGAUAUUGAGCCUUAUGACGACUGCGGCCCCACCAAGCGGACAUUCGCAACCUUUGGAAAAGAUGUCAACACCCACCGGGCUGAGGAGCGGCCCAUCCUGAAAGUCAAGAGGACUGUUGAUGUGACCAUCUGCAGCCCCAAAGUCAACAGCGCUAUCCGGGAGGCAGGCAAUGGCUGCGAGGCUAUUAGCCCUGUCACCUCCCCACUGCAUCUCAAGAGCCCUCUGCCUACCAAGCCUACUAUGUCUUACACGGUCGCCCUGGUUCCUCCAGCUCGUGAUCUGGAGCACCAUGCCAACAAUGGCGCCUCUCGUCCUUCUGAAGCUGAACCCCGUGGAGCCGACAGUGAGAAAGUCAUGCAUGAGGUGAAUCCUAUUCUGAAGGAAGGGCGUGACAAGCAGUCUCCUGUCGUGAAGCGUCUGAAGGAUAUCAUUCUGUAAACCCAUCUGGGGAAGAAGAAAGAAAAGAAAUCACACUGGCUAGUGAAGAUGCAGCAUUUACUCAUUUUCCUCACCCAUGGUUGGUUCUUGAGUGGCUGCAUUGUAGAGAUUUCCCAAAAUGUAUUGUGUAUAGGUGACUAUCAUUCCGUGACAAUCCCUCUCGUUUCAGCAGGCAGCAGGGGUGUUCAGUUGGAGCAAAUUAGCUUUGGCUUGAGUUGUUCAUGGGGCCUUGAUGGUGGUGAAACAGAGGCAAAUUCAGUUGUGAAAAGUAUUAUGUAUUAAGUGUUUGAAUUUAUAUAUUUUUCUAUGUAAAAAUGAUAAUAUAAAUUACCAUUGUUUGUGAAGAAUUACAUUUAAAAAAGCAAAAAGCAAAAAAAAAAAAAAAAAGCCCUGGACACCUUUAAUAAGCUCGCCACUGUUUUUUGUAGUGUAGACAAGUUAUUGGUCAUUUAUUGUGUACUAUUCAUUGAUUCAGUGACGUGAAAUCGAGCCCCCAAAAGGUUGUUUCUGAAGCUCGAGUACUUUCCAAUGCCGCUUCUUUGCUGUGGACUCCCCUGCUUUAAGAACCCUUUUGCUAGCUGUGCUGUUGUUGUAUUUGAUAUUGCAAAUUGCUGUGUGUGGUGAUGGCAAAAGGCCUUUAAAAGUUGAUGUUUUCUUUUCUUAAAAAAAUAAUAAAAAUACAGACAAAAACAAAAUGCAGAAACUGAGACAGCAGGUAAAUGAGCAACACCUGGAGGUUGAGGACUUGGAUCCUCACGUUUUUUUUAAUCCAUGUAGUGCUUGCUCACUACCUUGCAGAGGAUUUCUCCUGUCUUUCAGUCUUCUGCCCGGGUCUGUGCGAGAUCAUUGUAGAAAAUCAUUUUUGGAUAUGCUGCUAUCUAAUUUGCAGUUGUCAGAAAUACUGUGCUGAAAAUUUUAUGAGAUGCAUUAUUUUUUUUUUCUAAUUUUCAGACCCUGAACAGGAAAGUUACUCCUGAUGUUAUCAGUUUUCAGGCUGAGAAAUUCCCUGUCUCCAAUCAUCUAAAAAUCACGCAACAUGACUGAGUCUAUUUUGAGAUCUAAAUUACCAUCUCUUUAGACACACACUUCCUGAUUCAGUGUUUUCCCAAUCAUGAUUGGAAUUAGAUGGUAAAGCACAUCAUGGGCUGGAAUCAAGGGCUCCAUGCUGCUCUUUACCUUAGGCUUAUAAAUAAUGAUAGAGUAAGCAGUAUGAAGUGUACACUUAGGAAAAGCCAGGUACUAACAUCACUGAUCUAAUUACUGUGCCUUCUAAACGGAGACACUCAGACACUUGAACACGUCUUUUUAUGACUAACACUUUUUUGAUUAAAAAUGUGAACAAGAAAUUAUUAAAACAAAAAUCCCUUAGAUUUAGUAACUCUUUUUUGCUGUAGGCUAGGAAUAUGCCUUUUUAAACUAACAGAGCACUCAUUCUUUUUGUUCUUUUUAACACUGCACAAAUGCCCCUUUUUAUUAUCUGUCUAUUAAUAUUCACUAGCCAACAUAGUAUUCUUGCAGCCUGAGUUCAUUAUUUAAAAUAAACUAAAAAAAAUGUCCCCUUUGCUCUACCUUUGUCUUAAAGGAAUUUCUUCUAAAGAACCAAGUUUUUUGGUUCCUUCCUCUCUUUUUCUCCCUCCCUCCCUCCCUCCCUCCCUCCCUCCCUCCCUUUCUUCUUCCCUCCCUCCCUCUUUCCUCCUUAUCUCUCAUUUUUUUUGUAAUUCAAGAACACUCAGAAAGAAAGCCUAGAAGUUAGAACACUAGAAUUCAUAACAGAAUUUAUUUUCUUAAGUUUAGGUAGAUACAGUCAGCUCUUUGAAAUGUUUUCAUUAUUUUUAUCUGAGUUCCUAGCUUUAUAUAUUACUUGGAAUUUUUUCUUUUGUGGGAGGUGGGAGGGUUGUAAGGGAAGGGGUGGGUAAGGCACUGGGCAUGGGGUUAGAUAGGGGAGAAUAUUUCUGGGGAUAAAAGAAACAUAUAAUGAAGCUACAAAUCCAUCCUUAUUUCCUGAAUACUACCUCAUGCAAAAUAUUGGGUUGGCUGCAAAUUUCUCCCUGACACAGUUAGAGACCUUUACAUCUUCCUCUUGCUUCAUUUAACUUUCUCUCAUAUAUGUUCUCCUCUUCUGGUUUAUUUCAUUUUGGUGGUAGUAGAUUAUAAAUUAGGUAUUUAUUUUUCCUUCCAAGUGACUAUUUGAUUAACAUAUUUAGCUUUUUAAAAGUGCCCUUUAAGUUGGGAUGGCUGCCUAUAGAAUUGAGACUGAUCUUCACCAGGAUCCAUCGGAUAGUAUCUUGUUUGCUAGCACCUCAAGGUCACUUUGUAGUCAGAUUGGACAGCUUUCUCCAGGUGGAUUUCUUACUCUGCUCAGUGGAAAUGAGGUAGUUUGAAAGAUUGUGGAAAGUGGAGAUGGAAUGGUGGAAUGCAGAGAGGCCACUGCCUGCCAUGUGUCUUACCAGCCAAUUAAAAAACGGGUGGCAUUAGCAGUGAUUUUUUUUUUUUGCCUUUUAAAAAAAGCAACUAAAAAUUUUGUCCCCGGAACUUCAUUUUAGUUCCAAGCUUAGUCUAUCUAAAAUCAUUGAAAUCAUUGUUCUCAGCGGGCAGUCAGAGAUUUUUUUUUUCUUUUUGUUUCAGAACUCUUUACUGAGUAUGCAUAAGAAUUCUCAUUAAGGAAGUAUCUUUCCCCCUUCAAUUGUCUGAUGGAAGUGCAAGCGCAUCCUAGGAGAGCUUUGUAGGCAGGUUCUACAGGCCAACUGUGCUUGCAAAUAGGACUUUUGUGCAAGGGUCUUAAAUUCCCCACGGACUCGGGAUUCUCCCCCUCCCUUUUUAACACGUGAUGUAAAGCUACCAAGGCCAGUGGAGCAAAUAUUUUUUUCCCUUUCUUUCUGCAAACAUGUUACACAGAAACAUAUGGGAACAAUUUUAGUUCCCAAGUCCUAGGGAGUUCUAUUCCACUUAUUCUGAUGUCCCUGGGUCAUGAAGUGUAACAUGCUUAAAAAUUUCCUGGCCAGGCAAAUGUCUUUAUUCAGUAUAGUGCAUCUAAUUUGCAUUGAUUGACUGCUUUCUCCCAAACAUGGGAACAUGCUAUUCAAUAAAAAAUGGGGAGAAGUGAUCCACAAUGCCCUGUGGAAACUUGUUCCCCCCUGUGCAGUCUUGUAAAUUAACCUGUUCAGAAUGAAACUUAGUAUUUCAUUGUUCCUCUGAAGCCAGUAGAAAAAGUGAGGGUCUGUCUUGGUUAAGGAAUCACAUAGUUCCUGCACAACAGUGGUUCUCAAAAUAUCAUCUCAAAGCAACAUCACUUAGGCACUUCUUAGAAAUGAUAGGUCCUGAUCCCUGCCUAGAAUGGCUGUAUAAGAAAUCUGGAGGAAUUGUCACAGAAAUUCAUGAGUUAGUUGCCCACUCAAGUUUGAGGGCUUGUUAAAGCACAGUUUGGUAGAGUCUAAUCCUUAGCGUUUCUUAUGCAGUUGUUUUGGGGUAGGAUUUCUUUUUCUAUCUACAGAUGCCUAGGAGAUACUGAUGAGACAAUGAUCCAGAGGAAACUUGUCUCAUAGGACUAACUACACCUAAGCUGGCCACAUUGAUAGAAAUUUGUUGACAUGGUGACCAGCUGUUCAUUAAUGAAAGAUGUAACUCUGAACUCUGAAACCAAAACCACACAGAGUACCUUCCAGAUCCUGUCGUCUCAGCAUAUGGCUAUUAGAGGGGAAUUCAGAGGACUUUUUUCUCUACACCUACCACUAAAAAGCAAACACAAGUGGUCUAUUUGGUGUAAAAGACGCGGGGCAGUUUGGGAGAGGCAGGGAUGGAAGGGAUAGCUUUUUUUGGGCACCCAAGGCGGAGAAAGGAUUAUUACUGUACAUAAUCCAUUUUAUGGGGAUCAUUUUGAUGCCAGAUGUUCCCCCAAGGCACUCUCGACAAGUCUGGUCCGCUUGGCUCUUUUCACAGGGUAAUAAGACCCUUCUGACUUUGAAAAACUGGCAUAAAUGAGCUGAAGAAGUCCAUUGUAUACAGUCCUAGUGUUUGCCUUCUUGGUAAAAUUACAUUUUAAGGAUGUCAUUUCAUGAGUCAAAUUGUAUCUGCUGACACUAAAGUGUAUUGAGAUGUUGUUCUUUAGUUUAAGUAUGUAUCAAAGUAAUAUUCAAAGGGGAUGUAUGGGGGUGGGACUGGGACUGGGUGGCUUUAUAUUGAUAAUGAAAUAUUCCAGAGCAAAACACAUUGUCCUAAUGAAGUUGUUGCAGCUCUCUUUUUUUUCUUGUGAAACUGAAAUUGGCCUGUGGGUCACUUGUCGUGCAAAAGUGAAUUAAUUUCAAAUAGGAAUCGCAUUGCUUUUGUAAAACAAAGAAAAUCAACCACCUUGUCUGAAGUAUACGUUGUAAGGCGCGCUUGGUAAAGAACAACCUAGAAACACCUGACCUUGAUUGGAAAGCAUUGUAGGUCAUUAGGGAAAUCUGAUGAUGCUGACUGUUGCUCCAGCUGUGUUGGCAAUUAAAGAUGACCUUGUUACUAACUGAAUGUUGCUGUCAACCUUAGCAAACAAACCAGCUAACACUUUACAGCACCGGUUAAGUAGAUGUUUACUGGCACUGGCUGGCAUUCAGCUGAGGAAGGCUAAGAUCCAGACUAAUGACCAAGGGCCAGACUAGGUCUAGCUAGAAAUUCAGCAACAAAUACCUCCUUGUGCUAUUUGAAUGCUAAGGUAUUAGUUGCAAAAGGCUAAGCCUUCGCUCCUCUAGUGAGGGGAAUGAGCCUGAUGACACUAUUACUGUUUACCUGUCAAACCAGGGUGGCAAUUUAGAAGGAUACAAGUACAGUACGUUUCAUUAAGCAGUCUCUGUUGCUGAUUAUAUGAAGAUGAAAUGGUUGUAUAUGCUGAUCUGUAUGUUAUGUACAUUUUCACAGUGAUUGAAUCAUUGUAAAAACAAAAAAGACAAAAAAGAAUCACCACCACUCUGUCUAUUUUAUGAAGAUGAUAAAGCAGCUUUAUUAAAUUAUUGCAGUUCUGUUUUAAAUGGUGUUACCUGCCACACAUUGUUUCCUUUUAUCUGGUGGUUCUCUGUUUCCCUCUUAAAUGUGUUUUCUCUGCUUCAAAAAUUUAAUGCAUUUUAGUA